UGAAAAACUGGUAUUACGGCAUCCUCCUAAAGAAUUUAGAACAGUGCCCGGCCAAAGUCCAUGCCAGAGAAAUGUUAUGGGCUGGCACUGGUGUGGAGUGUUCGCCCUCCGUUCCAGGCCUGAGCUUCCUGGGAGCCGGGACAGUGUAAUCUUUGAAUCCACGCGCCUCGAACGAAAUAAGCACCGCAAUCAAUCUGCAGAGCUUAACGCAAGACAAGGGGACGUGGAAACCGAGGAAACGGGUCUCGUUUAGUGUGAUCUCAAUUCAAGCAAAAGUGGGAUAUCAUGGCCUCUAUCUGGUUUCUAGAUCUCAGCGCCUACAUCAUUCACCUCAGUUCAUCUCAUCACAAAGGCAUUUUAUCCUCUCACAGCAUCACAAGAAAGGUUGGACACCGAGGGACAAUGCAAGAUUAUCCGGGCUUCAGCCCAUCAGUGGAUGCUGAAGCGAUUCGCAAGGCAAUCAGAGGAAUUGGAACCGAUGAGGAAACACUCAUCAGCAUUCUGACUGAAAGGACAAAUGCACAGCGGCAGCUGAUUGUUCAGGCGUAUCAAGCAGCAUAUGGAAAGGAACUGAAAGAUGACUUGAAGGGUGAUCUCUCUGGCCACUUUAAGGAACUCAUGGUGGCCCUUGUGACUCCUCCAGCCAUGUUUGAUGCGAAGCAGCUGAAGAAAUCCAUGAAGGGUGUCGGAACAAGCGAACAUGCAUUGAUUGAAAUCCUUACCACCAGAACAAGCAGGCAGAUGAAGGAGAUCUCCCAAGCCUACUAUACAGUAUAUAAGAAGAGUCUUGGAGAUGACAUUAGUUCAGAAACAUCUGGAGAUUUCCGGAAAGCUCUAUUGACUUUGGCAGAUGGCAGAAGAGAUGAAAGUCUAAAAGUGGAUGAGCAGCUGGCCAAAAAGGAUGCCCAGAUUCUCUAUAAUGCUGGGGAGAACAGAUGGGGUACAGAUGAAGAUAAAUUCACCGAGAUCCUGUGUUUAAGGAGUUUUCCUCAACUGAAACUGACAUUUGAUGAAUAUAGAAAUAUUAGCCAGAAGGACAUUGAGGACAGCAUAAAAGGAGAAUUAUCUGGGCAUUUUGAAGACUUACUGCUGGCCAUAGUCCGUUGUGCCAGAAGCAUGCCUGCCUUUUUAGCUGAAAGACUGCAUCAAGCUUUAAAGGGUGUUGGAACUGAUGAGUUUACUCUGAACCGAAUAAUGGUUUCCAGAUCGGAAAUUGACCUUUUGGACAUUCGAGCAGAGUUUAAGAAGCAUUAUGGGUAUUCCCUAUAUUCAGCAAUUAAAUCGGAUACUUCUGGAAACUAUGAAAUCACGCUCUUGAAGAUCUGUGGAAGAGAUGACUGAGUGGAGAAUGCAAUCUCCGAAGGCCGCUGCUCCCACAACGGGCCUUUCCAACAGCUCUGCUUACUCCUUUCUCAGAGUUUUGAAAACCCCAAGCAAGCGUAAACAGCAACCUGUUUUCCUAACAGACACUUCCAUCGUUCCAUAAUAACGACAAAAAGUGAUUCUAGUAGAGCAUCUCAGCAUCAUGUAGGAAUUCAUAAGUGAAAUUUUUAAGUAGUGUUAAGGAUCUACUAAUGCAACAUAAAUUAUAUUUCAGCUUAGGAAGUGAGAACCUUUGCAGAAUUCUAACACAUUGAAUGUGUAAGCAGCAUUAAUAAAAGCUGUUGCCUUUGUUAAAGGUAAUUUGUCUAUUUUUUAGCCCAUACCAACAUUGUCUUGCUGGUCGCUAACAAUUAAUGAUAUUUUAAAACGCAUUUUUGUUAUAAAAGCUAUUGCUGCUUUGCUUUAUGUAUUACCUUAUUAAUCGCAUUUAGCUUUAAGAAAGGAAUAAAAUGAAUGUAAUCCUG